AUGUUUUUACUGCUCCUUUUUGUCCAGCUCGUCACAUGUUCGGCCGCCGACCAUUUUAAAACUGCAUGCUCUGCGCUGCAGCAUCAUAUAAACCUACCCAAUGUUACCGUCAAUUUUGCCGAGUUUGUGCCGGCCAAGUCUAAUAUUUCAUUGAUUGACAAUCCUGUGUCAUGUGGCCAAAGUUAUCAGACACUUCUGGGUGGUGACAUAUGUCGCGUUGCCAUGUCGAUUACAACAUCGGAUCGGAGCGGGCUCACGGCAGAGAUGUGGCUUCCUAGAGAUUAUACUGGGAGAUUCUUGAGCACAGGGAAUGGUGGUCUAGCUGGAUGUAUUCAGUAUCAGGAUAUGGCAUAUGGCACCAUGUUAGGCUUUGCUACAGUAGGUGCAAACAAUGGUCACAAUGGUACUUCUGGUGCAGCGUUCCUCAACAACCCCGAAGUUUUGGCAGACUUUGCAUACCGCUCCUUGCACACCGGGGUAGUGGUUGGGAAAAAGAUCACUACCGAAUUCUACCCGGAGGGAUACAAAAAGUCAUACUACCUCGGCUGCUCUACUGGAGGUCGUGAGGGAUGGAAAUCUGUCCAAAGGUUCCCUCGAGACUUUGAUGGCGUGGUCGCUGGCUCACCAGCUUUCAACUUCGUGAAUCUCAAUUCUUGGGGUCUAUACCUCAAUAACAUCACCGGCCCCAUGGGCUCUCCCACCUCCCUGACCGAGGUCCAAUGGACAGCUGUUCAGAAGGAAGUAAUUCGGCAGUGCGAUGGUAUUGAUGGUGCUCUGGAUGGACUCAUUGAAGACCCAUCUCUGUGUCAGCCUAUUUUGGAGACGCUUAUUUGCACACCUAAAGCAAACAGAACCACCUGCCUUACUGGGACUCAGGCCAAUUCUGUCCGCCAGGUCCUGAGCCCUUUCUAUGGCCCUGAUGGUACACUGUACUAUCCUCAAAUGAAUCCUGGAGUUGAGGCAAGUUCCUUUGGCCUAUACUAUAAUGGCCUCCCACCAUUAUACCCAGCUCAGUGGUACCAAGAUGUUGUGCUUAGCAACCCGAAUUGGGACUACACUACUUGGACACUCGAUGAUGCCGCUGUUGCUCUGGCCCAAAACCCAUUUGAUAUCGAAACGUACGACGCCAAUAUCGCAGAGUUCCAAAAUGUUGGUGGCCGGGUUUUGCAUUACCAUGGCAUGCAAGAUCCGUUGAUUAGCUCCGAGAGCUCAAAGUUGUACUAUCGGAAAGUGGCUGAGUCGAUGAAUUUGGCCCCGUCUGAGUUGGAUGAGUUUUAUCGCUUCUUCACGAUCAGUGGAAUGUCACAUUGCGCCCCAGGCACGGGGCCAUCUUAUAUAGGCCAAGGUAUUGGCACAUAUGUGAGCAGUGACCCGGAAGACAAUGUCUUGAUGGCGAUGGUGAAAUGGGUAGAGGAAGGUAUUGCACCAGAGACAGUACGGGGAUCGACGAUGAAAGAUAACAAGGUGGAAUAUCGAAGACGGCAUUGUCGGUAUCCGAAGCGAAAUGUCUACAAGGGACCGGGUGGUUAUGAAGAUGAAAACGCCUGGGAGUGUAUCUGA